AUGGCAACUCAUCCUUCAUUAUGGUACCGGGAUAAGGAUAGUUUGAGAAUUGGGGGUGUUGCUAGGUACACCAUAGAAUAUACAAGGCUAGAUCCCACCAUUAAACGUAUAUAUUUCCGUUUGAAAAACAUUGAAAAGUCGAGUAUCAGAGCAAUCCAUUUAUUGAGUGGCCCUUUCAUUUUGUACUGUCACGUAGUACCGUGCAAUUAUAAUCCUCGUAAACCAUUCCAUCCUGAAAAUGUUGAGAAAAAUACAGAAAUUGUGUUCGAGAAUCAAAUCAAACCAAAUCAAGCUUUUAAUGUGUCGCUUUUGUUAAAUUCAAACUCAUUAAAAGGACAGGAUGAGAAAGGAUACGAUAUUUUUGAAUGGGAGAUUGAGGUUGUUUCACAAAUUGUAAUCACUAAGAAAACAGAAGUUGUCUACGAUUUUAUGAUAGGAGAUGAUUUACAUUUGAUGAAGAAACUCGGACAGAAUAUAAUACAGCAAACUCUCACCAGCUUGGGAACAAAAUCAGAUAUGAAUGAAGGGAUAAAGCCCGCAAUUGUGGACAAAGUAAUAGAUGGAAUCAACAGUGAUUCCCAUCAAAUUUACAACACACAACUUAAAGUAAGCAAAUUGACCACGGAUGACAUUUGGUCGAACGAACCAAAAGAUCCCAAAAAGCCAGUCCAUUUAGUUAUUGUUACACACGGAAUUUUCUCGAACUUGACUGCAGAUAUGCUAUAUAUCAAGGAUCAAUUGGAGCUUAGAGUGAAGGAAAAUAUUUUGGUUAGGGGCUAUAGGUAUAAUGCUGGACGUACUGAAAGAGGGGUCAAAAAAUUGGGGACUAACGUUGCUAACUACAUUACAGAUUUAAUUGAGAAUUCGCUUUACCAGUAUGAUAAGAUUUCAUUUAUUGGCCAUUCGUUAGGAGGUGUGGUCCAGCUAUAUGCUAUAAAGUACAUUUUAAUGACCAAAGGCCCAGAUUAUUUUGAGAAAAUGAAAAUUAAACCAAUUAAUUUUAUUGGAAUGGCCACACCAUUUUUGGGAAUUUUGAAUGAAAUGAACUUCUUGAUAUCGUGGGUGUUGGACAUGGGAACCCUUGGUAAGACUGGUCGUGAUUUAACCUUACUGAAACGAUUGCCAGCAUGGAGUGAUAUAAACAUUGGGGAGUCUAAAAAAAGAGACUCAUUCAAACCUGUUUUGGAAACUCUACCGGAAGAUCCUUUACAAAAAUUCUUGACCCAAUUUGAACAAUUGGUUGUUUAUGCUAAUGCUAUGAAUGAUGGAAUAGUACCAUUGCGAACUUCUGCUUUGCUAUACUUAGAUUAUGAAGCUUUAGGAGACGUCUCUGAGUUGAAAAAGAGUAAGCACAUGCAUGUUCACCCUGAGUUAGAAGAAGCAGACCAUGAAAUACAAGUUAACCGUAGUCGUGAUACUGUACUGGAAGUUCCCGAAGAGGCAAAUCAAAUGGUUCAGGACAUCCAGGAUGCAGCAAAGGCUACCGAUGUUUCCAAGCAAACGGAUUCAUCGGAUACAGUGGACAGGAACCAUGUUGUAAGCAAGUAUAAGGAAUUUUUGAACUUGAAUUUUCUGGAACACAAUUCCAGUAACCAUAAGAACAAGCUAACCAAAAGACAACGAAAAUACAAAAAUUUUAGUGUGAGGGGUACCGAUUAUAAUGUAUUUAACGACGUCUUACCAGAAGAUCACUCGUUUCAGUCAGACGAAACUAACUCAACUCAGGAUUCUCAAACUAUAGUUGUUCCACCAAGAGCGUCUGCUAUAGAAUCUGCAAUCAAUACCCUCAUAUGUCCGAUUCCUUCCAAUGAGUUUUUGAUAAACCCUGAGCUGCGACUGCAUGUUAUUUUUCAUGACAAAUAUUAUCAAUUUAAUAAAUCUCCUCAAGAAGGAGAUAACCUCAACAAACACCUGAAGGUGGAAUGGUUUGCAUCAGUUUUGUUAAGAUAUCACAGUAAAUGGAAAUUGGAGAAGCAGAAACAGAUAGCUGAUAAAUAUCAUAAUGCAUGUGGUUGGCGAAAAGUCUUGGUCAAUCUACCUCCUGAUGCACAUAAUAACAUAGUGGUUCGGAGAAGAUUUGCUAAUGGAUACGGUUGGGGUGUUGUAGAUCAUUUGUGUGAUUUAUUUAGAAUUUCUGAAAAUAAAUUGUAA